UAGUGUUUUUAAGUAAAGGCUUGCGAGGUCAAAUAUAACAUCAUCUUUUACCAUUAAAAAUUGGGAAUUAUGUACCAUCGUCUAGAAUUAAGGGUUCAGAUUUAUCAUUUUCUCAUAAAUUUCGCUUUUAUAUCCGUUCGGCAGGUCAGUUCCAAGAACUGAUAACUGUUCGUUUACAUUACCAGAAUGAAUAUGAGAAUCUUGCUAAAUAUCCUUCCGCGAUAAUUCAAAUCCAAACCUUAUCAUCGGCAGUCAGUGAGACAUAUAUAUGUACAUCGAAUUGUAGAAUAUUGUUAUAAAAAAGCUUCGAAUGGCGCUGAUGUCUGAUACUACUGCAGAUGUUCAACUUGUUCUUAUCUUGUUUCAAUCCCCGGUUUCAAAAAGCCUCAGGUUAUCGAACCAUGUCCAAGGGUCCAUUACCGCUUAUGUUUGGAGCUCGAAAGUAUAUGGUUAUUUGAUAUCAAAAUACAGACAUGGAAUGAAUAUGAAUAAAACAAGCCUUUUUUUAUAAAUUUAUAAAUGUCUUACAAGGGAUACCUAAAUUUAGCUCCAAUUUGUUCAUACAUACAUACAAACAUAAUUCCAAAUUUUUAAUUUCGGGUUUCAUGUACGGCGGCGGAAAUCUCAAUGUGCUCAACUUUAGAGCCCAAUAUAAUUCACAUAUUAAGUUUAAAUGUACUCCGUAUAGUCCUAUAAAUGAUAUCGUAAUGCUUGCGAUUAUUUCAUGAGCUUUGGUUGUGAUGGGUAUUUUUGUGGACGGGUAUUCGGACCAACGGAAUUUGAAGUGUCAGCACUUGAAAAGAUAGUCAACCAAAAACGAAACAGCGAAACAAACUGUUGUACGGAAUGCCUUUGUAAAAAUAGAAAAAUCAAUUUUAUGCGACCGCACACCCGAACAGAAAAUACUAUGACAACGCCGACGCUGCCGUUGACGCUGACACCGAUGCCAACGACGUUGAAAGCAACUUUGGCACUACAAAAACAAAGAGAUAAUAAUGAAAUUGAGUUGGCGGCAGUACAAGCGCCCAACUGCAGACAGGAGCCAGUUGCCGACACAUAAAGAGUAUGAGAAUAUUUUAGAGAGCGAAAUAAAUAUUGUUCAAUGAAUAGAAAUUUCAGAACGGCAAAGAAAAGCUGUUUCCGGAGCAACGAAUUCAAAAUACCGAACCGAACCGCGUUCGCUCUAAAACAGGCACUUGUGGACAUCCCUAUCUGUUUCGUUCGCUCAAUGGUAAACGCUCGUCAGUUGCUAACGACUGAAAGCUGGCGAAAAGCCGAACGAUUGCGCUCUCAUUGCAAAGCGUGGUGAAUUCCUAAGCAUGCAAAGCUUUUUUGUUGUGAAGCUUCCGAACUUUCCUAAGAAGAAACGAACCGUUCCAUGCAAGCACGAAAUGUUCAGUUUCGGUUAGAUGCGCGUAGAAAAAUACAGAGAAAAACGACGCAGUGCAUAUAUCUUCCUAAAGACGCGUGUGAAAAUUUUGUAAAAAUCCAAUAAAAAUCCAGUGAAAAUGAUAAAUAAAAUGCAGAAAAUAUUCAAAAGAAGGAUAAUUACAAAAUUGAACACAACCAGUGAAUAAUAAGAAUUCAGAAUAUGUUUUAAAAGUAUUACAAUAAGCGAAAACCCAUGAUACAAAUUUCCAGCACUCGUUUGUAUAUCAUAUGAAAGUGUGUGUAUAUGUGUUAGCAUGUACAUGUGUGUGCAUAUGUAUGUUUGGAAUAAAAGCAAGUGGAAGAAUAAGCAUUAAGGGUAAUUUAAGUAGCAGUAUUGGAACCGAAAGGAAGCAGAAAAAGCGAAUACCCUAGACCAACAAGCAAAACACGGGAGCUGCAGGAUGUAAUGGUGGAUAGAGGAAUGCAAGAGUUGAAUAUAUCUCUGGAAGUAGAAAUUUUACAAAGGCGUGAAAAAUCGGCAAAGAAGCUUGAAGAAUACUUCUAACUCAAGACGAUCGAGACUAGAUGGUGUUUGCCUACUAACUACUCACUAACUGGCCGCCAUCUUUAUAGAACCGACUGGUGUAUAUUCACCACCACCAGCUAUAUCGUCUGCAUUCAAAAAGGAGACGCGCCCUACUUUUGUCCCCAAUAAAUUUAAUGUCAGCGUCAAUCGUUUUGCUUUCACCAAUACAUCAUUCCAUUACACAGCAUUUAGAAAACUUAUUUUUGAAGUUGUUGUUGUUAACUUUAUUAGCUGCCGACGACGACAUUCCUUUAAGCAUAAAGGGUUCGUUCCACAUACAACAACUGAGGGUUUUUCCCAUGGGUAUUGCGUGAAGGGUAACAUCAGACCCUUUGACGCGUUUACAUAGAAUAUAAAGAAAAUGGCGAAUUGUGCAUAAUAAACGUCGGAAAUAAAAAAUUUAGCACACAGCACAGGUGUUGUAUUUUCCAUACGCCUACGCUUAAAUAAUUAUGUGCAUACGUGAUAUGGAAAUAACCAACAAAAACAACAACACGCAAACAGUAUAACAACAACAUUCAAUGUAUAUAUAUAUGUACAUACAUAUAUAAAAGAGAUCACGACAGCCAAAGUGUAGCACAUAAAAUGUUUAAAAACUAGUGAAUAAUAGCGUAAAACAUAAAUAUAUAAAAAUAAUUGCAUUUCGGCUGCAUCACCUCAGCGGUAUAUUAAAAGGCAAAACAACCACCAUCAUCCAGCUCCAAAGCAGAAAAGAGGCGCCGCCGAGAGAGUGCGGUAUCAGCUGUCAUUCAAUCGUUUCUUUUAGGUGCUACCUUAUAAAGUCCAAAAAUGGAGGAUAUCGGAAUAUAACCACGCCCACCUUCCAUUCAAAAAUUAUGUUGAAAACCACUAAAAAUGCUUUAAUUCACUAAAGAAAAACACCAGAAACCUUAAAUUUCAUCAUAAUGGAGGUACAGAAGGGGUGCAUUCAAAUUGGUAUAUACUUAUGGUCAAAAACCAUAUCUCCGAAACUACUCAACUCCUGUAAAAAUUCGGUUUUGUGAAAAUAGGCCAAAUCGGUUCACAACCACGCCUACUUCCGAUAUAGCAGAACUUUAAAGUCGAUCUGAAUCGUUUACUUUACAAUAUAUAAAUGUGGCACACCCUUUCUAAAAAUCACCGAAAUCGGACCAUAGGUUUUCAAGGCCCCAUAUAUCGAACAUGAGAACCUCAGUGCUUCUAAUCUUUUUUUACCGAAAAUAUAGGAAUCACGGUAAAAGUGGACGCAAAAUCGUAAACCAUAACAAACAAGCGGCUGCAAAUUCUGUUUGAAGCAGAUUAUUAAACAGAAGCAGCAAAAAUAGCAACACUGCUACACGGAUUAUGGGCUGUGGACAAAGUAAAAUCCAUUUAUAUCCCAGAAAAUCAAAGAGCAAAGCCAAUGGAAAGAAAGGAGGUCACGCUGACUCAGAUGCGGAAACAGACGAAGAUGAAGGUCAUAUUGAAGAUGCUGAGAAGUGUCAAAAUCGAGAACGUGAAACGAAUGACGAAAAUGACGAGCAAAGCAAUAAAGAUGCACAAGAUAGUGAUGAGGAUGUAUCCGUGUCACUACUACGAGCAAAAAAUCUGUCGCUACUCCAAAGCCAGGAAAUUUCCACCAGCCAACAAAACUUCUUUCGAAUGCUCGAUAAAAAAAUUGAAGAUGGACCCGACUACGAUUCGUCCAGCGAGACAGAAAUUGCACUCGAGGAGGCACGAUUGAACGCUUUAGUGCAACAUUGGGAAUCAGCCAGUUUGACUGCAUCUAUUUGCUCCUCCGCUAGCCGCUCGCUGCAAACGACGCCGAUUCGCCAAGCACCCAUUAAACAAUUGACAAUGCCCAGAGCUAUUCUCCAGCCUACAGUCGCUGUACCGGUACCAAUGUCCAUGCCCAUUCAGCAACCAGUGCUGGCAACAGACUUCCUUGCGCACGGUGUAUCGCCGGCGGCGACUCAGUUGCCGACGACAGUGAUGGCGGCUAGUGGGGCAUUGAAACAUACCCAAGGGUCGCAACAGAUUGUUAUUUCGCACAUGAACACUAAGAUGUUGCAACAAAUGGCAGUGUUGCCGCAAAUGCCGCUUAACAUGAUGCCUGAAACUUCUGCAUCUUCCGCUAAUACGUCCAACGCUCUUACACUGUUGCAGGCGCCCAACCCAACACAGCAGACUCAAUUCACACAACAUUUACUUGCAAGUAGUUCUCCGCAACUACUGAGUGGCAUCAAGACGAAUGUUAGUCCCAAACGCUUAAUAGAUGGCCGACUACUUAUGAAUUCUAGUCCACUUGCACAACAAAUGCACACUGUAUCAACUCCGCUACCCAACGCAUACAUAAUGGGUUCAGCACAAUCAACGGUAGUUGCGGCGGUGUCAGCGGCCAACACUUAUGCAAACGGUGGCACCAGCAGUAGUUGUCCGCCACAACCUACAAUGCCCAUACAGUUAGCAUAUUUUGGCCAACCCACGGGGCAGCAGCAAUAUCAACAACAGCAGCUACAAACCACUACUGCGAUGGCGAUGGCCACAAUGACAAUGACUGCAACGCAAAACGACCAACAAACUCCACAAGGCCAAAGUCAGCCAUAUUACGGUGACCAAAUGCAAAUGCACACCAUGCAGCCGCCGACGGAAUACAAAUUCCCACCGGCUAUCAGCGUUCAACGCCUAGCACCACAAGUUCAGCGACAACUACGCGAAACACAAGAACUGAUAAAAGACUCAUGCCCACAAUUGUUUGCAGCGGGUUAUGGCGGCAGUCCCGGACCACCGAUACGAAACCAAGCCAAAAAUCCAAACCGAAGACCCACCCUGGAGACCCAAUUCUCACAGGAAAGCUCGUGAUAUCUAUCUAAUUAAAAAAAAACUCAGCGCCAAAAUUAAUGUAGACGUACGCAGCAGCAGAUAAGCCCAGCAUUCAGUGCCCCACAAAUAAUCCACUUGGAAAUCGUCCAGGCAGUCCAAAGAACUAAGAUAUAUAAAACAUACUAUAUCUAUAAAAAUGAUUAAGAAGCAAACAUAUGUAUGUAGCUAUAAUGGGCGAACUGCGGUGCAAACACAAAAUGACUCUCACAUUCUCAUUUCGACGUUAUUUAUCCUAUUCAUAACCAAAAACAUUACUUAAACAAACAAGCAUACAUACAUACAUAAGUAUAAAAAAUAAUGAUAAAUUGAAAAAUAUAUAGAGUAUAGAGUAUACAUACAUACAUAUAUACAAAUGUAUAAGAAGCUGAAAAUAAAUCUGAGAAAAAUUUAUUUGAGAGCAAGAAACUAUACGCGUAUGUAUGCAAAUCGAGUCAAAUUCGAACAAAUUAAUAAAUAUAUGGUAAAUAAAAUAAUAACAAAU